GGUGGGGGGCGGGAGCGCCCCCAGAAAUUCCUGGACAUCACCCCCUGCCCCAAGCACGCAAUAAACACUGACAAGAAAAAGUUUUUAUUUCCUGGUUCAACUUUUUUUUUCCCCUGGAAUAUAGACUGAAGAAUGAGAAUAAACACGAAUAAAUAGCAGAGCGAGGCCGCGCGCGCCGGGAUGCGCCUGGCUGCAGCCGCCAGGCUAUUGUCUAACCGCCCUGAAGCCAGCCUGGCGUUGUCCCCCCGGCUCCUUCCCUCUCCCUGUCCCUUUUGAUUUUCCUUUUUAAAAAGACGCCCCCUCCAGCCCCCUCGCCUGUGACCUUGGCCGCCUCGGAUGCUCUGAUUGCACGCGCCUUCCUCCAACUUGCCCCCGCGCCGGCCAGGCCCAUGGCCGCGUCCGAGGACGGGAGCGGCUGCCUCGUGUCGCGGGGCCGCUCGCAGAGUGACCCCAGCGUCCUCACCGACUCCUCGGCCACCUCCUCCGCGGACGCCGGGGAAAACCCAGAUGAGAUGGACCCAGCCCCCCCAGCGCGCUCCGAGUAUCUGGUCUCAGGGACCCGAACCCCCCCCGUGAGGAGGAACAGCAAACUGGCCACGCUGGGCAGGAUCUUCAAGCCCUGGAAAUGGAGGAAGAAGAAAAACGAAAAACUGAAGCAGACCACAUCCGCACUGGAGAAGAAGAUGGCCGGCAGGCAAGGUCGGGAGGAGCUCAUCAAGAAGGGUCUCCUGGAGAUGAUGGAGCGGGAUGCUGAGAGCAAAGUGUGCAAUCCUGACGGGGGCCCCCGAGCGGCACAGAGCGAACCGUCCACCCCCAAGCAGGAGAUGCUGACUUCAGAAGAAGCCCAGCCAGGAAGCCCUUUGGCCACCGGGACAGACCAGCCUUCCCUGGACGCACCACUGCCCUCGGACUCCCAUUCUGACGAUGCAGCCAAGAUGCCGUCAGCAUCCAGAGGUGAAGAAGCAGACGCCUCCGGCAGCCUCCCGCCUACCGCGGACGAACCCUCUCAAGCCUUAGCCGGGUCUGACUCCCUGGACAGCCCUCCCAGACCCCUGGAGAGAUCCGUGGGCCAGCUCCCCAGCCCCCCGCUGUUGCCCACGCCACCACCCAAGGCAGGCUGCAAAACCACGAAAAAUGUCACAGGCCAGCCUGCACUCUUCCAAGGCUCUGGCGGGAAAAACACUGACCCUCCCCUCCGAGGACAGCUUUCCACGCCCACGGGGUCUCCACAUCUUGCUACUGUCCACCGGCCACUGCCCCCCAGCCGCGUCAUUGAGGAGCUGCACAGGGCGCUGGCCACCAAGCAUCGCCAGGACAGUUUUCCAGGACGGGACAGUAAAGCGUCCCCAAAGAAGCGGGUGGACGUCCGCCUGUCGAGAACGUCCAGCAUGGAGCGGGGCAAGGAGAGGGAGGAGGCUUGGAGCUUUGACGGCGUCUCGGAGAGCAAGCGGACGGCAGCCAAGGGCUCGGAGGAGAACAAGGAGAACUUGAUCGUGAAUUCCGAACUCAAGGACGACCUGCUGGUGUAUCAGGAUGAAGAGGCUCUGAACGACUCCAUCAUCUCUGGAACACUGCCGAGAAAAUGCAAGAAGGAGCUCUUGGCGGUGAAGCUACGGAAUCGGCCCAGCAAGCAGGAAUUGGAAGACCGGAACAUUUUCCCCAGGAGGACUGACGAAGAGAGACAGGAAAUCCGGCAGCAGAUUGAGAUGAAACUCUCCAAACGGCUGAGCCAAAGACCUGCCGUGGAGGAACUGGAGAGAAGAAAUAUCUUGAAACAAAGGAACGAUCAGACAGAGCAGGAAGAAAGAAGAGAAAUCAAGCAGAGAUUGACAAGAAAGCUUAAUCAGAGACCCACAGUUGACGAGCUCAGAGACCGAAAGAUUCUGAUACGGUUCAGUGACUAUGUGGAGGUGGCGAAAGCUCAGGAUUAUGACAGACGGGCAGACAAGCCGUGGACACGACUGUCAGCGGCCGACAAGGCAGCCAUUCGCAAAGAGCUCAAUGAAUACAAAAGUAACGAGAUGGAGGUCCAUGCAUCAAGCAAGCAUUUGACAAGAUUCCACAGGCCAUAGAGAUUUUCUUCUGAGAAGAAUUUUUGUUUAAUUUUUGAUACCAACACUGAACAUUCGUCAGGGAACUUUCCUGAAGUUCAGCUCCAGACCCCCUGCUGUGUCAGCGCCAGGAGCAGGAUCACGCGGGCAGGUGGUCUGGGCUGUGCUCACCUGUACGAGGAGAAACCAGGGGACGGCCUUCACUCUCUGGUGUCUGAGGGGUAGGAACUGUCGGACCAGUUAAGACCCAGAGUCGCUCUCCCAGAAGAAAACUGUCCUUUGCCUUUGAACCUUGUUUCGCAGCCCUGCGGUGAGACGGAGGGCGGGCGACGGGCAGGCGCCGGCACCCCUCCGGGCCCCCGACACGGGACGUGCGGCACAGUGACGUUCAGUAUUCUGUUGGAAAGACAUUUUUAUUCUGAUCACAGUUAAUUUGAGAACUCUUUAAGUUCACGUUAUACAAAAUUAUUUACUGUAUUAUACUUUUCUUUUUUUAUAUAAUGUCUAACAAAAAAAUACAGCUGCAACAUUUUGAUUCCUGUUAAUUUUGUUCUUUAAUUAAAUGACUACUUAUUGCAGGCAAUGAA